AAACAUGUUUACCAGCAAGAAUGUGAUUUUUAAUGAAAUUAAUCCCGCGUUUGUCGGUCAAGGACAAGUGGUACCAUUCAUAAAUCACAAACAUUUCACACCAAUUUGUCGAUUUCUGGAGCGUAUAUGUGACAUUUUUCGCUCUGGUAAAUCAUACUUUUAAGCACGUCUUUUUGUCUCAGUUCGUCAGUUUAAAAUGCUUCUUGUGAUUGUGUUGGUACUACCUCUUGUGCGUUGUAACGAUAUUAUUCGCUUCGAUUUUUGGGAACCACCCGAAUUAAAAAAUGAGAUUGAAUCAGAAUUUGGUGUUUUCGUAGAUAAACGCCCAAAAUUUCACACCGAAACAGGUCGUACCAAAAUAAACAACUUACUAAAAAAUCACUUGACAAGACUUUACGAACAAAAAUUCAAAAACCAUGACCAUGAGGCUAAAUUUUUCGGCACCGCCUUGCAAAACAAGACGAAAAAAUUCAAUAAGUUUUUGAGCCUCUUCCAAAUAGUACAAUUCGAAAAUUCGGAGUGUCAGAGUAGUAGUACCUUUGGUGAUUAUUUGGGUACUUGCUACCACGAAACGGAAUGCUCGGCCUUGAAUGGUACCAAUCUGGGCGAUUGUGCGGAUGGUUACGGCGUUUGUUGUGUCUUUCGUAACACUUGUGGUACGAGUUCAAAUCGCAAUUGUACGUAUUUUGAAAGUCCGGGGUACCCUGACUAUGACCCGCCCGGUUCCAUGGUACUUCCCCCAAGUUCGAGUACCAUGCCACCGCCAAUCACCCCAGACCCUAGAUUUCCAAUUACCGGUGGUACCACUCGUCAAUCAGACACUACCAUGGAAUGUACCAUCAAUAUUUACAAAUUGAGUGAUAACGUCCAACAAAUGCGACUUGAUUUCAUCGAUUUGGAGUUAAGGGGGCCUGUUAAUGGUACUUGUAGUACCGAAAGUUUGGUAAUUCAAGGCCAAAAUAUCAAUACAGUACCGGAAAUUUGUGGUUAUAACACUGGCCAACAUGUUUAUGUUGAUGUAUCAACAUUGACUGGUCCUUUACAAUUGUCGGUACUAUCAAGUACCGGUGAAAGAAAACGCUACAAUAUCCGAAUCUGUCAAAUUGCAAAUGAUUGUUCGCAAUCAAGCAAUUGUCUACAGUACUACACCGGAGUCACUGGAAUGAUAUCAUCAUUUAAUUACGAUCAAGCAGCCAUAAAUAACCGAAGCCAACCGGGAUAUUUUAACAAUCUCAACUAUGCGAUUUGUAUACGAAAGGAAGCCGGUUUUUGCUCAAUUACGUACACAAAUAUGCCCAAUGGGCUUGAAUAUCCCUUCCAAUUGGUUAACUUGAAUGAGGCUGGUGAAAGUACCGUUCCAGCGGGUCAAGCUGGCGCUGAGAUUUUUAAUUGUCCAGAUGAUUACAUAAUCAUAGGUGGUACCAGACUGUGUGGUGACAAAUUCAACGAUGGGGCUUUGAUAGAAGAUUUUACCAUGAAUGCGCCCGUUACAGAUUCCAGUGCCGGACCGAUCGUAAUUCCAGUACGUACUGACGGAAGUGUCACAGGCCGUGGCUUUAAAUUAUUCUACACCCAAAACCGAUGUGUUUGAUUAUUUAUUCGUAUUUAUUAACACAAAUAAA